AAGUCGAUUCUUUCUACUUGAUAAAGAAAAGGAAGAAGAAACUUUAACAAGUGAAAUAAUUUUAAUUAUUACUUCUGAUCAAACUGUAAUAAAUAUCAAUAAUGCUAACGAUACCUCAGAAAAUUUUUUGAAUAACAAGAAGAGUCCUUAA